AUGGUGCUGGCUGGCCUCCUGGCCACUUCAACCGGCUAUUUCAGUCUCCAAGACACAAGUUGCUUUGCGGCGGAAAGUGGCUCUCUUGGGAGAAGGUGGAUGGUGGGACAAGACCCGUUGCCAAGCUCUGCGAACCAAAGCGAUGACUUCGAGGAGCUUCGCCAGGAGCCUCGCGAAGAGCUCCAACCUCAGGCCAAUAAGGUCGAUGCAGAGGUCCUUGCCAACUUCAACAGCAUCAAGAAGAGCGACAACAAUCAAAUCCAGAUCUGCAACCCAUGUUGGUUUGGAGCCGUCGGAGAUGGCAAGAUACCAAAGGGGAUUUUUGUCCUUGGCUCCGUGAACCUCACCAGCAAGAUGACGUUGCGCCUGCUGAAAGGUAGCAAGCUCCUGGGAGUCUCAUCGCCAGACUCGUACCCGUUGCUUCCGGCUCUCCCCAGCUACGGCCUCAACCGUGACUGGUCGCUGGACCCUUCCAAAAGGCAUUCAGCUCUCCUGUUUGGUUACAACCUCUCAGAUGUGACCAUCGAAGGGCCUGGUGUCAUUGAUGGUAACGGCAGCUGGUGGUGGUCACGCUUCAGCAAGACGCAUGUGCUGCUGCAACACGGACGGCCAUCGCUAAUUCAAUGCAUGUUCUGUUCAAACAUCACUCUUCGACGCAUCCGCCUGCAAAAUCCUGCCUUCUGGAACACGCACUUCUAUGCCUCAAAGAGGAUUCUGGUGGAGCGCGUCAACAUCACUGCCCCGUAUGAUUCGCCGAACACGGAUGGAAUCAAUCUGGAUUCGGUUGUUCAUGCCAUUGUGCGCAAUAGCGAGAUCUCAACAGGGGAUGACGCUAUUGCAAUAAAGAGUGGGCUCAAUCAGGCGGGCAUAAACUUUGCCAUGCCCAGUGCUCACAUCCAUUUGCAUGACCUGGCCAUUCGGUCAAAGUGCCUCUCAGUGGGCAGUGAAAUGAGCGGUGGUGUUUAUGACGUGCGCGUCGAAAAUGUCAAGUUCGGAGACAGUCGGCCCGAGAAUCGAUGGCAUGGGAUAUUCAUCAAGAGUUCGAGGUGGCGCGGGGGAGUGGUGAGAGACCUGUACUUCCACAACAUACACAGCGUUGCCAGGUCAGGGCUCAAAAGACAAACCAAAGUCUUCAUCAAGAUCUCGAUGCAAUACAGCUCCAGGAACGGACUCGAGGGUGAAGCUUCGGAGCAACCUCCGGCCUUCAUCAACUUUACCUUCGAUACGAUCUCUUCCAACGGAGCAAAGCAGGUUGUCGACAUCUCUGGAUUAGUAGACAGCCCCAUUACCGACAUUGUCUUCAACGAUGUCAUCGGCACCAACUAUGAACAAGGCAUUUACUGUAGUCGCACCCGAGGAAUCAGAGUGCUGAACAGUGGCGUGAAGGCAGUCGAUUGCCUUACGGACUUGGUGGAUCCUUCGUGGCGCGACGACCUGGCUCAUCUGGAUCCGCCAGCCGGCCAAGACGUCCACGAUGCCCAGAGCUGGUUGGAGAAGCGGAAGAAGUUGAUUGCUACUGUCUUCGGAAACUCGUCACUUCCAACAAGGUCGAAGCCGGACAACAUCCAGAAAUUGCAUCGAGGUCUUUAUGCAAUUCACUGGGAUCUGCCCGGGCAUGGGCUCAGAAGUACUGUCUUCACAGCACCCCUCCGAAAGUCGAAGAGCGCAGUGCUGUGGCACCAUGGGCAUCACGAUUGCGUCUGUCCUUCCCCAUCCACCCACGUGCCAAGCCGAGCCAAGCAUCUCAAGCGAAAGUCUGGUGUUCGCCCCGGUUGGAUUCAAGGUCCCUGUCGCAUGGGAUGCAUGGGUACCAAGCACACCAAAGAGAGGGCAGCCAAUGGCACUGGAUACACCUGGUGGGAUCUUGACAAUGUGACGCGGUUCUUCCAUGCGCUGGGGCACAAUGUUUUCAUAUUGUCCAUGCCACUGGUGGGCGUAAAUUUCGAUCCACGGCGCAGCACCAACCUGACAGAUCACUGGUGGUUCCAGCACCACGAAAGCCUUGGUGACUCCACGAUCCGAUACUUCUGUGAGCCCGUGAUACUGACCAUCAACUACGCUUUAAGCUUGGGCUUCGAGGAUGUGGUUUUGGCUGGCCUGUCGGGUGGAGGGUGGACUACGAGCCUCGUCGCAGCUAUGGACACGCGGGUGGUCAAGUCAAUCCCCAUUGCAGGUGUCCUGCCAUGGUCUCUUCGCUUUGAUCACACGGCUGCGGGUAUCGAGGCGACAGGUGACAUAGGUGACUACGAACAGAUCUGCAAGCUGAAACCGUUCCCCUUCAAGAAUGGAGCGAGGCACAAAGGAUAUGGAUGGCGUAGAGAUGCUGGCCGGGAGUAUUGUCAGGCGUGCAACUACAAGUGCCAGUUUCUCUUGGCAGGCUUCGAGCGGCAUCGCUGGCAACUUCAAAUCUUCCACGAGGAUGACACUUGCUGCUAUGCCGCCGCCGGAAGGCACCAGGAGUUUCUUGGGUAUGAGAGCGACAUCCGCAACGCCUUGGCGAGUCAGCAGCUUCAUGGGUGGUUUACUGUGGUGGUGACAGAUCACAGGUUGCAUGAGCUUUGCGCCGAAGACAAGAAAGUCAUCCAAGCGGCCUUGACCAUGCAAGUCACGCCAAAGAACGGCGCGUGGGACAUGUUGCCUUGUGAUGUACUUCAUGGCAAGCUGGAGGCUCAGCUGUUGCAAGCUCUUGGAACAACAUAUGUCAUUGUGGCGGCAGUUUUUAAGAGUUCUGCAGCCAGACAUUUCAUGGUUAACUGCAUCAAGGUGGGUGCGAAGGAUGUUCAAGUGAACUUUGUGGCUGACAGCGAGUAUCCGAUCUGCUUCGGAGGCUUGGGCGGCUACUGCGUGCCUGAAGCCUCAACUUGGGAGAUCUUCAUGGACGAGGGCAGUGAACAGGAUGGCCCACAUCCGGUCUUGAAGAUGGGCCUCGCGAAGGCAGACACUUCCAGAGGUCGCUGGCAGGAGGUGUUCACGCAAUGGGAACCCUGGCAGUCAGCCAAAGCCAUGAUGGAGGCAUAUGCCACCAACGCACUGGAAGGGGCGAGUGAACUGGCCAUGGAGGAUGGAAAUGAAGAGUGA